CAGAUGUUAAUCACUUGUGGAUAGGAUGUUACCUCUUGCAGGGUUGGUUUCCCAGGUCCAGCCAUAUAUAAUCUUCAUAGUAUGUGGUUUAGACGACAUAGCAGUGAAUAAGCCAAGCCACACUGACACACUGAGUCACCUAUAUAUACAUAUACACCUUUAUAUAUAGGCCCUCAGUGUGGCUUGGCUUAUUUACUGUUAUGUUCAAACCACAUACUAUAAAGCUGGGUGAAUCUUUGCAGCACCGAAAUAAGAAAUAACAAAAAACAAAACAAGCCCACGGCUAUCAGGUCAAAGCAGGUACUGUGUACAUAUACAGAUUGGUGCCAGUGAUUACAUUGAUAAAUAACAUUAAAAUUUAGCUGACCUGCAUGGCACCUGCUUGACUCUGAUGCCCAUGCAGUUGAAGUAUGUUGCAUCAGCAACAGGUACUUAAACCAGUCCCCUCACGCACACAUACCCCAACUGUCCGCUUGUCUGUGCAUUCUGCAUUUUUUGCAAGCAAGGACAAGAAUCUCUUUAUUUUACACCUACAUUGUCUUCUUUCUUUCCCUCUCAUAUAAAUUACACAGUUGUGAUGUAGAGAUGAUCUCACAAACCUGCUGAGGAAUUCUUUGCGUGUUUUCUGUGAGGGAUUUUCCUUGAUGUACAGUAAUGAAGAGUGUCAGCUUUGACAUAAAUUAGGAGAUACAAGAAGAGCAAUAACGCAAAUGUUUUGAACCCCCAUCCCUUUUCAGACAUGUCCUUCAGGAGGGGCGUGGUCAGACAGAGCAAGUUCAGACACGUGUUUGCUCAAGCGUGGAAGGCGGAGCACUGCCUUGAUGAUGUCAGAGUCACACGUGUCACAUGGGAGGGCCCUCUUUGCGCUGCAAACCCAAAGUUUAUAGCUGUCAUCAUCGAGGCUGGUGGAGGGGGCGCCUUCCUUGUGCUGCCUCUCAGCAAGAGCGGUCGUGUUGACCAGACCACUCCCUCGGUGUGUGGCCACGCAGCCCCUGUUCUUGACAUACAGUGGUGUCCCCACGAUGACAACGUGAUCGCCAGCGCCUCAGAGGACUGCAGUGUGAAGGUGUGGCGUAUCCCAGAUGGGGGUUUAAGCAGCCCCAUGACGGAGGCAGCUGUGACAUUAGAGGGACACAGUAAGAGAGUAGGAAUCCUGGCCUGGCACCCGACUGCUCUCAAUAUUCUGCUGAGCGCAGGUUGCGAUAACAUCCUAUGCAUAUGGGACGUGGGGACAGGUGAACUGGUUUACCAGCUUGAUGAUGCCCACCCUGACCUGAUCUAUAGUGUGAGCUGGAACAGGGAGGGUAGCGCCAUCUGCACCGUAUGUAAGGACAAGGCUCUACGUGUCAUUGACCCGCGAAGAGGAACUGUGCUCAAGGUGAGAGAGAAAGCACAUGAGGGUUCCAGGCCAAUGAGAGCAGUGUUUCUCUCUGAUGGAAAAAUUCUGACCACCGGAUUUAGCCGCAUGAGCGAGAGGCAGCUGGCCUUGUGGGAUACGAGGGACCUAUCUGAGCCCAUGGCAGUGCAGGAGAUGGACACCAGUAAUGGGGUUCUCAUACCCUUCUAUGACCCUGACACCAACAUGGUCUACCUAUGUGGCAAGGGGGAUUGCACAAUCCGCUACUUUGAGGUGACGGAGGAGCCCCCCUAUGUUCACUUCCUCAGCCUCUACAGCAGCAAGGAGCCACAGAGAGGGGCUGGCUUCCUCAGCAAGAGGGGUGUGGACGUCAACAAGUGUGAGAUCGCCAGGUUUUACAAGCUACAUGAGCGGAAGGUGGAGCCCAUUUCUAUGACGGUGCCUAGAAAGUCUGAUCUGUUUCAGGGGGAUCUGUACCCAGACACCGCUGGUCUGGAACCCUCCCUCCUGGCGGAGGACUGGAUAGCGGGACAGGACGCACCCCCUGUGCUGGUGUCUCUGAGCGGAGGGUACACGGCGCCCCCCUCCAAGCACAGGGACACUCUAAGGAGCCGACCCAAGCUCCCGUCCCAGGGCUCAGCCGCCACCUCUCCGCGGGCUGGGGAGACUAACACUGCUACAGCAAACGCCGCCACCCGGGACGUGGAGAGCGAGGGGGUCAGCGUGGCGACGGUGACUCAGGAGGCUGAUGGAGAAGGGGACAGAGCAAAGAGAGAGGAGGAGCAGCUGAGUGAGGUGCUGGCGGAGAUUAAGGCGCUGCGAUCCCUUGUUAUUGCUCAAGGACAGAGAAUAGAGCUUCUGGAGAGACAGUUAGCGCGCAUCGAGGAUGGAGAUGUCUGAAGGGGGGGAGAGGCUGUUACAACACAGACUGGACAUGCAUACUCUGUCGGCUAUAGACUAUUAAAGACUAAGUAAAGUAAAGAUAUAAAAGUAAAAGAUAUUAAAGUACAUUAACACUUCACUGAGAACAGUUAUAGAAUAGAAUAGGUACUUUGACUGACUGGAUGCUGCAAUACAUUCUUGCACUGAAAGAGAAUUAAUACAGUAGAGUUGCUGACUAGACACUACACUAUAUUACUUUACUGAAAUAGUAAGGGUUAAUAAAGGACAGUCUGGAUGAAAUGACCGUUCAUGACAGUACAUUAUCACUGCACUGAGAGAAAGAGGGAAGACGUAAAUGAAGGAGAUCUUUUAAUUCUAGUAAUUAUGUUUUAUCAGGUAGUGCUGCUAGCUGCAAACAUGUGUCUUUUUGGCAGAAAUCUUUUUCUCAACUCUGUAUCAUUUAGGUGUGUAUACAUCCACACAGCCUUCAAUUCUCGUCUCUUUUCAUUCCAUUUGAAUUUAUGUUUGCAUGGUUUUUCUCUCUGUCUGCUACCAUGUA